AUGCGCGCCGUCUUAUUCAUCGGACUCAUCGUCGCUUGUGGUGCCGCAGUAAUUCAGAUUCAACCACACCACGAGGAAAAUCAUUUUUCGCAUCAUGAAACUCCAACCAAGUACCCAAUUCAUCCGGUUCACAUUAUGAGAAAUUCUGAAAUGCCUAGAAAGGAGAACACGAUGAAGCAAGAGAGUAUUGAUGAUCAAAUGAAUAACGAGGUUGAUUCCUUUGGAAACGAAAUUGAGCAUAUUUUUGGAAAUAUGGUUGACGUUGUCAAGCAUGCUCGCAUUCCAUUCUUCUUCGAUGAUAUUGAAAAUGCUCAAGAAGACAGAAAUAAUUUGAAAACCAACCAUGUAGAAGACUUGAACCAUACUAACGUUGACCAAAACACUCUUUUAAACAAAACUCGUGAGGAAUUGAGGAAGGAUAUUGAUGCUUUGAAAAAGGUAUACGCCGAUUUGAGCAGCGAAUUUGAUGAAUGGGUGAUUUCAAACAAACACCAAAAUUUCAAGUCGAUGGUGAUUGGAGCCGUUUCGGCCAUUUGUGUUAUAAUCGUCUACGUUCUGCUAGGAAAAUGCUGCAGAAGACGUUCCCGCCUCGGUCAUCUCGCAGCAUUCGCCAAUGACGGCUUCUCAACGAAGAACGGAGACAACGAGAGCCUUCUCCCUGGAACUUCUAACAAGUUCCGUCGUCAUCCUUCAAACAGCGAUGAAGAUAUUUGA